AUGGUGCCUAGAACGUUCCUCUAUGGUGGAAAGGUUGUAUUCCUCGAGAAUUACCGCGUUUCGAUGGCCGAGAAAAUCAUUCCUUCUGCAGAUCUCAGUGAACAGAUUUCUACCGCUGGCACAGAAGCUUCCGGUACAGGGAACAUGAAGUUCAUGCUCAAUGGUGCUCUCACUAUUGGAACGCUUGACGGCGCUAAUGUUGAAAUGGCCGAGGAAAUGGGACGAGAGAACAUUUUCAUUUUCGGAAUGAACGUAGACGAGGUAGAAGAGCUCCAAAAACGUGGAUAUAAUGCCGAAGAUUUCAUCAACAAGAGCGCUGUUCUGAAACAGGCUAGCCUUAGCUUCUUGUGCAACGCUGACCUACUUAGACUUUCUUCGUAG